UCUGUCUACAAAAACGUUCGUAUAAACCAAGUGAAAACAUUCGAUGUGGAGCCAUGGGAGUCCGAUUAUGUCAUCCGCGGAUUGCAUCCCAGCACUGUUUACAAUGUGACACUCAAGCCAAAGGAUCAUAAUGAGGUUGCCUGGGGAGCGUAUGCCACCCUUCCACCUGGUUGGUUCUUGGUGAAGAAUCUGAAGCAGUGCGAUAAGACGAACUUUGCCGUUUCGAUGAGCUGGGAGCCUGUGGAAUUGAACAUGGCCUCAGAUUAUCAGGUCCGAUACAUCCGCCUGAAGGAUCGUGAAGCCAGCUGGAUUGAAGAAGAACCGCGAGAAAGCAAGGAGCUUCUCUGUCCUAAGGAUGGAUGUGGACGACUCUGCUACCUUGUCUUCAAUCUCCCUCACAAUCCAUCUGAAUACAUCUUCCAGGUUAGUUGUGUGAUUGGAGACAAUCUCUGUUGUGCCUUCUAA